CCCAGAUAUCGACAUGCGGCACCAUCAGGACCAUGGCCAUGGAUGGACUUUGACGCAGAAGUUAAGCCCUCUACGACUGUCAUUGAUAAAACUUGGCGGGGGUACCCUCAAAACCUGUUCGGGAACUGGACUCCAGACCAAGUAGGGCGUAGUAAGAUGCUUGAAAAGUGUUCUGUGAAUAAGUCUAGUACCGUUUACUGGAUGGAUGUGCGUCACGACGGCAGUUUUGCAACCUCAGAUAUUGGAGGACAGGGUAGUACUACGGUAGUGGCGGCUGAAAAUGAGGACGAGUUUUGGGAUAUAUUACAGGGGAAGCGGCCAGACGAUAUCCGAGUGCGAUCGUUAUUUGUGGAUGACUUAUCUUCACCAGUCUUGCGCAUGCUGGGAACAAAAUACAACAUCGAGCCAUUCUUUUUCACGUCCUCCAUUAAUUGGAUACCCUCACGAUACCAGGAAGCACCCGGCCAUAAAGAAGGAGAUCACAUUACGAUUACCCUGCCAUUUGUACGAACACUGCGUAAUUUACAAGAUAGAUCAGCAGCCCCCUCUCCAACACCGUCAUCACAACCCGAGAACUCUCCAGCAGAUGCCCGGAUCAAUACCCAAGCUCCUGUCCCUAUGGGCGAUGACGGCAUGCUCUUCAUCGACCUCCUCGCAAUUCACAUGGUCCGCGGCGUAAAGACAAGCACCAUCAUCUCCUACCAUCCCGAGUCUACAUGGUGCCGGACAUCCGCGAAGCGCCUCCACUCACUAAUGAAGCUCGUAGGGGAGAGUGUAUACUGGCAAAUAAUAUGCAAAAAGUCCAAAGACCCGACCCCAAUUCAGGAGUCAAAGGUACUAGGAAAGCAGAUCGAGCUCACGCGCGACCUUCAUAUCCUCCAAGCGCAUCUUCUGCACUACCAAUCGCUCCUUCAUAACUUUGAAGUAUCUGUAACAUUUAUCGUGAAGACCAGCAAUCCGGCCAUGGAGUCUGAUGACUUCACUGACAAAGAGCGGGAAGAUUCGCAGGAACUUAUGAAGAAGGAAAGCGAGAAUCUACUCAGCGAAAUAGAUCGUCUACAAAAACGAUGUGUGAUGCUGAGUAACCGACUGCAGAAUGUGAUGAAGCUUGCUUUUGCGACUGUCAAUAUUGAAGACAGUAAGCACACGCGGACGCUGACAGAGGCGACGGUCAGGGACUCGGCGGCUAUGAAACAGAUCUCGUACCUCACGAUGGUCUACCUGCCAGCAAGCUUCCUGGCCUCUGUAUUCGGGAUGAACGUGGCAGAGUUCAAUUACGGGCUAGAGUCGCUCGCUCACUACGUCGAGGCCACCAUUGGGCUCACGGUCCUUACAAUUUACGUCGUCAUCACGUGUCAGACGCAGAGCACAUUCCACACUGCUGGUGCUCCGUUCAUGCAGCGUGCAGUGUGGCCAGCUCUUUCUGUAUGGAAGAUGACGCAGACGUCCAAGACAUUGGCCGGUGGCCGGACUGAGAAGACGGCAAGUGAUAUGAAUAAUUCUUCACUAUUGAUGAAAUUCAGGAGAAUGGAAAUGACCUCCGACAAGGUGCUCACGGGUAGUCACAAUUGCUACUGGAUGAGAGAAGUUACGCGGCACUCCUGGCAUGUGCCUACCCUGGAAAUGAUGUCCAAAGUUGAUCCCAGGGAUGAUAAGCGGCACAUAGAAUUUGGCGGAAUGAUGGUGGCGCAUAUGGUGGGCGAGGCGCCUAGUCAACAUGCCCUAAGGUUAUCCGCCUGCGGUGCCUGCGCCCCCGUAAUUUCUUUUCAUGUCCUUCUUUCCUUGUUUUUGCUGACUGAUGCUCCACCCAGAUAUCGACAUGCGGCACCAUCAGGACCAUGGCCAUGGAUGGACUUUGACGUAGAAGUCAAGGCCUCUACGACUGCCAUUGAUAAAACCUGGCGGGGGUACCCUCAAAACCUGUUCGGGAACUGGACUCCAGAUCAAGUAAAGCGUAGCAAGAUGAUCGAAAAGUGUUCGGUGAAUAAGUCUAGCACCGUUUACUGGAUGGAUGUGCGUCACGACGGCAGUUUUGCAACCUCAGAUGUUGGAGGAAAGGGUAGUACUACGGUGGUGGCGGCUGAAAAUGAGGACGAGUUUUGGGAAAUAUUACAGGGGCAGCGACCAGACAAUAUCCGAGUGCGAUCGUUAUUUGUGGAUGACUUAUCCUCGCCAGUCUUGCGCAUGCUGGGAACAAAAUACAACAUCGAACCAUUCUUUUUCACGUCCUCCAUUAAUUGGAUACCCUCACGAUACCAGGAAGCACCCGGCCAUAAAGAAGGAGAUCACAUUACGAUUACCCUGCCAUUUGUACGAACACUGCGUAAAGAUAAAUCAGCAGCCCCCUCUCCAACACCACCAUCACAACUCGAGAACCCUCCAGUAGAUGCCCCCAUCAACACACAAGCUCCUUUCCCUAUGGGCGAUGACUCGCUCUUCAUCGACCUUCUCGCAAUUCAUAUGGUCCGCGGCGUAAAGACAAGCACCAUCAUCUCCUACCAUCCCGAUUCUACAUGGUGCCGGACAUCCGCGAAGCGACUACAUUCGCUUAUGAAGCUCGUGGGGGAGAGUGUAUAUUGGCAAAUCAUAUUCAAAAAGUCCAAAGACCCGACGUUCGUGUUCCUCGCGAUUUUAUGGUAUGCAUUAUAUGCAUGGGAUGAGUCCUUUGAGCUGCUGUACAGCCACGUUAGUGACUUGGAAUCAAAGGUGCUAGGAAAGCGCAUCGAGCUCACGCGCGACCUUCAUAUCCUCCAAGCGCAUCUUCUGCACUACCAAUCGCUCCUUCAUAACUUUGAAGUAUCAGUAUCCUUUAUCAAGAAUACCAGCAAUCCGGCCAUGGAGUCUGAUGACUUCACUGACAAGGAGCGGGAAGAUUCGCAGGAACUUAUGGAGAAGGAAAGCGAGAAUCUACUCAGCGAAAUAGAUCGUCUACAAAAACGAUGUUUGAUGCUGAGCAACCGAUUGAAGAAUGUGAUGGACCUUGCUUUUGCGACUGUCAAUAUUGAUGACAGUACGCAGAAUCGGAGGAUGACAGAGGCGACGGUCAGGGACUCGGCGGCUAUGAAACAGAUCUCGUACCUCACGAUGGUCUACCUGCCAGCAAGCUUCCUAGCCUCUGUGUUUGGGAUGAACGUCGCAGAGUUCAAUGGAGGACUAGAGUCGCUCGCUCGCUACGUCGAGGUCACCGUUGGGCUCACGCUCCUCACAAUUUACGUCGUCGUCACGCUUCAGACACAUAGCUCAUUCCACAAUCAUAACGCUCCCUUCAUGCAGCGUGCAGUGUGGCCAGUUCUUCUUUGCUGGAAGUUGAUGACGUCCAAGCCAUUGGACGGCGGCCGGACUAAGAAGACGACGGAGAAGACGGCAGGUGAUAUGGUGUGA